AUGCCGCCGUUUUCCGAUGAGAAACCUUUUGUAAGUUCAACUGAAUUCCAUUUGAAACGGGCGGAUUGUGUUCAGGACAGGAGCAUUGCUCGAAAAGUGCUCAUCGAUCAGUCGAAACAGCAGCAAAUCAGUCUGAUAAGUGGAUUUCGAGGAGUUGCGAGACAUCUGAAGAGUCUUCUGAAUGUGGAAAUGUACGUGGAAUGGGAAGGGAACGUUCUCGAAGUGUCCGUUUCAGAAACACCGAACCGAUCACGCUGAACGGAUUGGACGACGUGCGAAUGCUCAUCAUUCCACAGCCAAAGUCUUCGUUCGGAACUGGUGAGGUACUGAAUAAAAUAGGAAAAGAAAUGGAUUGAAGUGAACUGUGAUUCAGAUCGAAACAAUUUGGAAGUUCGUGGAAGAAGGCGGCGCUUUGAUGAUUCUGUCCGGAGAAGGAGGAGAGAGACAGUCGCUGAACAAACUGAUCGGAAAGUACGGAAUCAUUUUCCAUAUUACGUCUUUGAGUAUCAUCAUUCUUAUUAAUAUAACUCUUCACGGGUCUGUUUGUUUGUUUUUUUUUAUUUCUCUGUUUUGCCGUCCUACGUUUAUUUCUAAAACGAAAACAUUGACGGAGAAUUAAGAAAUGAACACGUGAACUUUCGAACAGUUAUAAGAAAGAAACACGCGGCGUAGCCGCUUUCUAGCGUUAGCUCGGGUUUAAAAGUCUUGACUUGUCGUUCGGACCGUCCUCAUCCAUUUUCUCGUUGUGUGCAUUGAGUAAGACGGAGAAGGGGACCUCUCCGAGAGGGUAGAGAAGACGAUUGCACUGCAAGGAGGGAUGGACCCGUACGUUAAUAAUAUCCACCCAGUGUGCUAUCCUUCUAACAGCUGUUUUUUACCCAAUUUUUCUUGAAUGCACGUUUAAUACAAUACAUGCUAUCUAAAACACUAACAAUUUUGUAUCUGACAUCCUGGAGUUACAGGCCAAUCUAUAUUAAAACAAGACCAGAGAUGGUACUUACAUAAUUUAUCGAUUACCUGCUCUUUCGAACCAAUUCUGUCCGAUUUUUAACUGAGACUUCAAUAGCAUAUAUUUUAUUGCAUUUCAAUAAAUGGCUCAAUUUUAAGAGAAACAACGCCCAACGGACGACAACGGAGUGACCAACUACAAUCUCCAGAAAGCAACUCACGAUCCUCCGUCCGGAAUGAAGAUAGUCAUAGAAACUGUCCGUCAACUUUAUAAUUAUCUUCUCGAAAUGAUAUGGCCUGUACCUGCACCGAACUCUAGCUUCCCGCUCCUAAAAUUGCCAGCGGUGCCUCUUUUGGAAUGUCUACGAGCAUUCGACGAAGAAAGCAUGUAAGUAUUCAAAAGUUGCUUGUUUUCUUAAUGAACAAUGUUCCAGCGUUGAGUUCGCUUUCAUUUCUCGCUCGACGAAAUGGCUAACAAGAACUGUCAUCAGUCCAAGGUAUACCGAAGUAUACUUUGGAAUUCCAUUUACCAUACACGUUCACCCACUUCGACGAUGCUCAUGGAAACUAAAAUACUUCAAAACGUCGAUUUCGGAUGAUUGGACAGAAUGUCGAGUUUCACACAAUGAGAAACGAGAAGAAAUGCUCGACUUUACUGAGACUAUGCUUCAAGUCUUAUGCACUCCGAUAAAUCAAAUAUUGAUCGAUAUCAAUGCUUUUGAUGAUUGGAAGUCAUUGAUUGAAUGGACGAACCGAAGACAACCAUUCAUCGAAACAGUGCGAAUACUUGGAUACGAUUUCAAUGAAGAAGAUGCCAAAUAUGUGUUGGAUAACUGUAAACCAACAAAAUGCUUAACGAUUAUUUCUUCACUACCGGAAAGAUUCUCAUAUGAGCAAUUCUGCUGCAAAUCUGAAUGCUUGGAAAUAUUCCAUUCGCAUUGGUUUACACUUCUGAAUGUUCUCAACUGCCACUGCUCAGAUAUAUACCUCUGCAGAUCUUCGUUGAGUGAUAACGAAAUUAGAUGUGUCCUGGAACUCUGGAGCGUCGGAAACAUGCCGUAUUUGGAGUGUUUUGAAGUUGAGAGGACUAAGGAUAGUUCGGAAUUUGAUGAAGAGACUAUAUACAAAGGAUUGAACGUGACAAAGGUGCCGGAAGGUAAAAGAUGGAGAUAUUAUUAGUGAGUUUGAAGCUAUGGAACAUUUGAAUUAUUGUAUGGUUUGAUAGUAUCUGAAACAAGUUGCAGCUGUGACGAGUAUAAUAAUCUACACAAGUCACGCGUUUACUUCGGCGGUUAUGAACUCAAAGGAAUCGACGAUUCUCGUGCUUCUGUUAAGACGCUUAUUAAUGGACUUGGUGUUUCUUUUUUCUAUUUCUUAAUCACACCAAAACCGGCAAGUCGUAAAGUGGUAAGGUUGACUUUAGAACCGUAUCCCUGACUCUGUUUCAACUGUUUGUUAUUCCCUGCCUUUCUCUCUCUUCUUCUAUUUUGUUUUAGUCAUCAGAAUUCGACGAUUCUGAUGAUGACUGUGAAAUUGAAACUAUCACCGUCAUGGUUCUCCCCUCGUAUCGUUUUACUGUAAAUCUAGAAUUGUUAAUUAUCCUUCCAUCGAGUCACAGAUUUCAUCAUCAAUUUGUGAUCUUUCUUCAAAGUUUUCCCCAUUUCCGCUUCCAAUUCUAUGAAGAGAUAAACGAUCAUUCGAUGACUUUUGCAAUGAAAACAUGAUAAAUUCUUUGAAUUCUGUUAUUUAUUGCAUUUUAAAUAAAACAAAACAAAGUCGAACAACGAAUUUUUAUGUUUCCGGUAUUUCUGUUGUGAACUAUUUAUGUAUGCUUCAUAAGAUUAAAAAAACUAAACUUUAUAAAAUUCAAGUGCAAUGCAGUAUAACUAUUUUGCUCUUUUCUCCGCGGGCACAACCUGCUCUCUCUCUCUCCUUAUUUCGCGCAUUUCCAUGGCAACGGCUCGCCGCUUUCCUUCUCCGUCUCCCCGCAUUUCCAUUCCUCACUCCGCUCUUCCAACUCUAAUCCCCCCUCGAAAUGCCGCCGUUUUCCGAUGAGAAACCUUUUGUAAGUUCAACUGAAUUCCAUUUGAAACGGGCGGAUUGUGUUCAGGACAGGAGCAUUGCUCGAAAAGUGCUCAUCGAUCAGUCGAAACAGCAGCAAAUCAGUCUGAUAAGUGGAUUUCGAGGAGUUGCGAGACAUCUGAAGAGUCUUCUGAAUGUGGAAAUGUACGUGGAAUGGGAAGGGAACGUUCUCGAAGUGUCCGUUUCAGAAACACCGAACCGAUCACGCUGAACGGAUUGGACGACGUGCGAAUGCUCAUCAUUCCACAGCCAAAGUCUUCGUUCGGAACUGGUGAGGUACUGAAUAAAAUAGGAAAAGAAAUGGAUUGAAGUGAACUGUGAUUCAGAUCGAAACAAUUUGGAAGUUCGUGGAAGAAGGCGGCGCUUUGAUGAUUCUGUCCGGAGAAGGAGGAGAGAGACAGUCGCUGAACGAACUGAUCGGAAAGUACGGAAUCACUGUCAACAAAGGCUCGUUUUUUGUUUCCCUUUUAUACGUCCUCGGGUUUUCCAUUCCAGAUGCCGUAAUCCGGACGGUCUUUCUGAAAUACUUUGAUCCGAAGGAGGCGCUCGUCGCCAAUGGAGUCGUGAACCGAUCGAUUGCGGUGGCGGCGAAGAAGAACGUGAGCACGGAGCAGAAGCAGAAUGCGCAGGCCCUUUCGUUCAUCUACCCGUACGGUUGCACUCUGAACGUGAACAGCCGUCUCUCGACGAUCGUCCUCUCGUCUGGAAGCACGAGUUUCCCGAUCAGCAGACCUGUUGCUGCUUUCCAUGAGACGAAACUGAAUGAAAUGGUGAGAUGGCAGGGAGAUCAAUUCAAAUUUUUAUGGUUUUCAGAAGAAGAAAGGUCGGGUGUGCGUCAUCGGAUCGGUGUCAAUGUUCCACGACACGUACAUUGACAAGGAAGAGAACGGAAAGAUAUUCGUGAGUUCCAUAAAAGAUUAUCACGAAAAUCAUUGUGAUUUGAAGGAUACAUUUGUUGAAUAUCUGAUCAACGGUUUCGAUUUGAACACGAUUGACUCGGCAGAACCGGAGAUCAGUGACUAUACGAACAUUCCCGAUCACAUUCACAUGUCUCAACAAGUGAAGGUUUGUAUGUACGAAGGAGAACUCGAUUCGGCGGUCAGUUCGGACUUCAUGAAGAUCAUGGACAACUCGUUGCACUCGAUCAGUUUGAAGCAGUGGCCGAUGACAUUACGGUAUGCAUCGAGCAGUGUCCUAUCAUUUGCCUUUUCAGUCUUUACGAGGCGCUCAAUCUGUCUCCUCCCCCUCUGACUCUCGUGGAACCGCAGUUCGAUCUUCCGAUGCCUCCGUUUCAACCGGCUGUCUUCCCUCCGACAUUCCAGGAACUUCCGAUGCCUCCUCUCGAGUUGUUCGAUCUUGACGAACAAUUCAGUUCUCCGGAGAUUCAACUGUCUCAAUUGGCAAACAGAAGUCCGUUUCUUUCCGAGAGAAACCGAAAAACGCAAUUGUUUCAGGCGAGGAAGAAGAUUUAGUGUUCUUCAUUGAGAAGGCUGCAGAAAUCACCGGACUGUCCGCCGAGUUGACGAAGAGCGAACGGACUCCAAAGAAGAUAAUGGAGCUGGCGUUGAACAAGCUGAUUCUGUUCAAGGGGUCCAUGAUGGGCGGAGAGCUGGAAGUGGCGUCCGCGUUCGACAUCGAAGAAGAAGAAGAAGGCCACAACACGAGUUUCAACCGAGUUGACGAGAUGGACGAACAAUUGUAUUCUGAUAUCGACGAAUUCGAUGACUUGUGA